AUGUAUCUCUCACCAGCUCUCUUCUCCCUUAUCUCUCUAGCCUCGGCCUCCAACCUCCCAUCACCACAGCGCCUCUUCACGAAUCCCCCGCCUCACCACGAUGCCGGCUUCACGAUUCCCACCGUUCAUGAGUCCGCCGUCCAAGCACGCCGGAUUCUACGCCUCGAAAGCAUCGGCACACUCUCCACCGUCUUCCCAUCCAGCUCGCACCACGCCACCGAGAACCGGCCUGCUGUCGAUGGCGCGCCCAUCGGGCUGAUGGACUACUUUGGCGACUGCGAGCCCGACACUGGCAACCCGACCAUCCUCGCCAUCACCAUCGCGACGUCGUUCAAAAACGUCGAUGCCGGGUCCAACAUCACGCUGAGCAUGCGCUGGCAUCCACAGGACAACGUGUGGCGCAGCCCAGCAUCGCUGCCACGCUUCUCGCUUGUGGGACACCUGGAAGAUAUCAGCGCUGACGAGGUCAGUAAGCAGAAUCUUACGACGUGCUUUGUCAAGUACCAUCCCGAUGCUGCGUGGUGGCUGCCUGGAAAUCGUAUCCACGAGAGCAAGUGGGUGAGGCUGGUCGUGGACGAGGUGUACUGGAUUGGAGGCUUCGGUGAUCGUGCAUAUAUUGGCUGGAUCCCUACCAAGGAGUGGUACAGCGUGACCCCGGAGGAGAUCGAGGCCGUCAGGCUGCCGGGUGAGAAGAAGAGCGGGUGGGACAGCUGGAAGUCUUGGGUCGGACUUGGUGGUGAGGAGACGUUUGAAUUGUGA